AUGCAGCCGCAGCGCGGCUGCCUGCCGGGAACGAACUGCUGCGUCAAUGUGCCGGCAGAGACGUAUGUGGCCGUGGAGCGGUUUGGGGCCUUCCAGAGAUUACUGGGGCCUGGAUUUAGUUUCGCCGGACUGGACAUCUGUGGAACUUGCAUUGGAUUUCGCGCCAUUUCCACUCGUGUUGAAGAGGAGCACUGCUCGAUAUCUACACAGACCCGCGACCAUGAGUUUAUCACGGCUGAGAUUACAAUCCGGUAUUCGGUGAUGCCCAAAAAGGCCAAAGAUGCUAUCUACAAGUUGGUGCACGAGAAUUUCGACGGCUUAAUGCGGUCCUUCCUCACCGGACCAGUGUGCGGAUUUUUGAACAGGCUGAAGCUGGAAGAGGUGUUCGGAAGGAAGGACGAGAUGACCAGUUCGGUUCGUGAUCAGCUUUCGGACUACGUGCGUGGCUAUGGGUUCACCAUCCAUCGCAUGGAGGUGACAGAGCUCAAGGUCUGUCCCUAUGUGAUGCAUGCCAUGAAUGAGGCCCAUAAACAGCGACGGGCUCGCGACACGGCUGAGCUGACGAUGGCAAGCCAUGCGGCAGAGAAAGCCCAAGAGGCCGCCGAACUGGCCUCGGCGUCGCGGCUUCGGGGCGAGCGCCUGGCAGCCGAGUGCUCUGCGAUCCUGGAGGGCCUACAGGAUACCCAGUCCAAGGACGAGCUCUUCAGCAGGUUUGAGUCCGUCCAAAUCGAGAGAGCGAUCCUGGAAACCAGCGCCCAACCUCUCCCAGAUGAUAUGGAGAACAUCCAGGAGCUUUUGAAGGAGCCGGAGGACAGUGAGGAUUCCUCCUUGCUUGCGAGCUCCCGAGCGCGCCGCCUUCUCCAGCAAGAGGAUGUCAGCCUUGCAAGGAGUUUGCAGGAGUCCCUGGAUCGGUGCGCCGAGCUCGAGGAGUGGGGCUUCAGUGCCGGAGAUGAAGUUGAGCUCAGGGGUCUGUCGAAGCUGGAGCUCAAUGGCCAGCGGGGCACCGUCUUGCCCCUGGAAUUUCCGGAGCAGGCUCAGCAGCUGGGGCGACUGGCGGUGAUGCUGCACUCCGGCAAGCAGCUGUCUCUGAAAGUGGGGAAUCUGCACAAGGUCAAGGCCGAGAUCAACACAGGAGGAGAUCUCGGCGCGGAAUGGUCUGCCUCGCUACGCCCCGGCGCGUCGCGGCCCCUGCACGCGGCGGCCGCUCCGGGUCGGGAGCUCGUGGUCAUGACCCUGAACAUGCAGUACCUGGCAAGCUUUCCCCAGGAUCCGACUCUUGCAAGGCGUCGGCUGGUUGAGAUCACAUCUGCAGUGCCUCGCCCUGACGUAAUCUGCGUGCAGGAAGGCUUGGAAGGGAUCGACCUCUUCGGCCAAGUGGGGUACAGCAAACUCAUCUCCUCCGCCGUCAAGGCGCAUCCGCUGCGCGAGUGUCUCUACGACGAUCCGGGGGCCCUGGGAGCCGUACCUUCAGUUGCACAUCAGAGUCUCAUGGUCAAUGAGCUCUACCUGCGAAGUGACGACUGCCUUUGGGAAGCUCAGUCGACAGGCGUGGAUCAGAUAUCGUCCUCGUCUUUGAUGGUUGCUCACGGCCGGAAUCUCAGUGCUCCUCGCUGCUGCCUUCUCGUCAAAGCUCCUACACCCUGCGCCAUGUGUAAGAGCAUCGAGCUCCCGCUGGCCGAGAGUGCGGCGUCCUCUGAGCUCCGCCCAGGUCGGGAGAAAGAGAAGAGCGCAGCCACAGCCACUCCAGAAGCUUCGCCUGAUCCACGUCCUGAAGAAGUUCAUCUUUGUCGAAUCUUUGGCCCAGAUGGCGUGCCGCCUUCGCCGCAGCCGAGCCUCCACCGCUCGGAGGGGCCAAGCGGAGCUUCGGCGAGGCCAGUUGGAGCUGGUGCAGUCGGCGACUUCCCCGACAUGAUGGCCUUCAUCCACGCCCCCGUGGCAGGUGCUUCGAGCUCGAAGGAUUCGAAGGACUUGCAGGCGGAGGGCAGGGAAGUCGUGCGGAGGAUCCCUUGA